AUUUGAAACCUUCCAGCCGACAUUAUAGAUUCUAGACGUUUACUUUAGUUUGUCUUUCUACAAGCCAGCAUUCACAUGAAAUGUUCACCCAUUACAACGCGAUGUGGUUUGACCACAACGACUUGAUGAAAAGUGGUACGUUCCUCCACCGCACUCUGCCAACAGGAGAGGGAGGGUCAACAUGGCGUCCGAGCAGGAGAGCUCCAACGGGCCAGGGAAGAAAUCCAUGCGGGAAAAGGCCAUCGAGAGACGAAACGUCAACAAGGAGCAUAACAGUAACUUCAGAGCAGGCUAUGUACCCAUCGAGGAAGAGCGGCUCCACAAAACUGGUCUCCGAGGGCGGAAGGGCAACAUGGCCGUGUGCAUCAUCGUCCUCCUCUUCCUCCUGGCUUUAAUCAACCUCAUUAUAACACUGGUGAUAUGGACAGUGAUCCGCAUCGGUCCAAAUGGCUGCGACAGUAUGGAGUUUCAUGAAUCGGGUCUUGUACGCUUCAAACAGAAAGCAGACAUGGGCAUUGUCCACCCUCUGCACAUGAGCACCGUAGGAGGUCGUAAGGACCAGGACCUUGUUAUUGUCGGCAACAACAACCCUGUGGUGUUCCAGCAAGGAACCUCCAAGCUGAGCGUGGACAAGGACAAGACGUCGGUGGUCAGCGACGUGGGAAUAUCCUUCACAGACCCUCGUACUCAGGCCACCUUCUUCAGCACCGACUAUGACAACCAUGAGUUCCACCUGCCCAAAGGCGUUAAAGUUCUCAGUGUCAAGAAGGCGUCCACGGAAAGGAUAACCAGCAAUGCCGCGUCAGACCUCAACAUCAGAGGGGAUGGCAAGGCUAUCAUUCGGGGCAACGAAGGGGUCAAUAUCAUGGGGCGCACUGUCGAGUUCAAGAUGGGUGGAGACAUAGAGCUCAGAGCUGAGAACAGCAUUGUCCUCAACGGAUCGGUCAUGUUCAACGCCACACGCAUCCCCAACUCAGAAGGAGACGUGUAUUUUGACGGCGCCACCGAGAGGUACAAACUGUGCAUGUGUGCCGAUGGGACGCUGUUCCGCGUCCAGGUGAAGUAUCCCAACAUGGGCUGCCAGACGUCCGACAACCCGUGUAGAAACGCCCACUAGGACACAGGACUGGAAUCUAAAAAAAAAAGAAAAAAAAGCAUAUUUUGAUACAUCUUUCAUGGCACGUAUAGAAUAUUGCUUAUGUUGGUUGUGUGCUGAAAUAGCAAAUCAAACACCACUCCAGUGUUUCAUUUUACCGUCCAGUAUUAGUAUUAUUCAUAUCCAAGCCGAUCUGGAGGGUUACACUGUACACUUUAUUUGGCAGCUGUGUGUGAUGCGUUUACUGACCAGUGUGGAGUGAUUAGAAUGAUACAGUAUGUGCACUACUUGCUUCCACAUGUUAUGUUUUUUUUCUGCACUUGUUGGACUGUCAAUAAUGUACAGUGCAGUACGUACGAGUGGCUAAUGAUUCACAGAGGAAGAUUUAUGACACAGAUGUAUAUGAGUUGUCAAACUGGUACUCAAAAACAUUGUGGAUUUUUGGGGGAUAAAAGUAAAAUAAUGCUAGAGACAUAUGAAAUAGUUGCAUAAAUCUGUAUUGUACAGUAUCAUUAAUUAAAUUAAAAAUUAUUACAUAUGUAGAAAUUUGUAUUUGCACAAUAUAAUUAGAUUUUUUAUUUAAAGAACUACGCAACAAACUGAAUUUAAAUUCAAUACAAUUUUUCAAAAGUAUCACUGUUAGAAAGACCUUGUAUGCCAUAAGCCACAUACUUGGUGCUGAACACUGUUGAUAAGUACAAGUAAGCAAAAAUGGUGGUACUAGUUGUAAAAAUUGUGAGAACAAUUGGCACGAUCUAAUCGAACCCUCCAACCCUCAUAAUUAUUUAUUUAAAAAAACGUUUUUGAUAGGAAAAAAGAUUCUCAAAUUUUUCUUUAAAGGGGACCUAUUAUGUUAGUUUUUGGCGCUUUGUAUUGAGUUGUGGACCAAAAUCCAAAACUUCUUUCAAGGCUCACUUCCAAAUGUUCAAACCUCAGUAUCUUGAUGCUUUGGCAUCGUUUAACACGAAUACAACAUUAUAACAUUCAUAGGUCAGAAAAGGGCAAAAAUAUAAUUGGUCCCCUUUGAUGUAAUUAGGGUUGGGCAUUGUUUGAUUUUGAAUGAUUCUGAUUACGAUUCCUCAUUUAGAUCCCGGUUCCUAACGUUUCUGAGGGUCAUAAAAGUUUGGAUGGUUUAAAUGAUGGAAUGAACCAGAAUUUUUGGGGGGAUGAAAUGUUUGAACUUCUCCAUGUAUUGUUUAAUGAUAUGAAUUUGAUCAACUUCACUAUGAAUUUCUCACAGGGCUAUUUUCAACCAGUAUAGAUUUAUCAAACCACUUUCACUGCUCACUUUUGAAAAGUAGAUUACUUUAUUUGCCUUGAUAUUGAUGGAAGGAAGCAGUUUUUAUUAACACAAAUAGCCCAAAAUACUUAUUUUGAUGAUCGGAAGUGUGUUAUGUGGGAGAAGGUCCGGUGACUAUUGCUAACAGACGUACCAAUAAUAAACUUACCUAGCAUAGCCGUACCUCCCUCAUCCUUUCUUUACACCAAACCUUUACAUCAGCGAGCAUCCUGAAACCCUGGUUACAUUGGUAUAAGACAUAUAUAAUUUAUUGUUCGACUUCCCUUAGUCAGAUUGCUUAGUGGAAGUCCAACGUAGCACAUCAAAGAUGAGGUACUGUGUUAUUUCUACACCAUGAAUGUGUCAACAUUAAUCAGGUUAAUCAUGCACCCUCCUUUGCAUGGUAGCAUUGUGUUGCAAAUGUUGCACUGAGCUGACAGCUUUUUUAUGAAGUUAUGCCAAAUUUCUUUGGUGGUGCUCGCCGGCUUCUUUAUUGGUGUUCAUUACUUUUUUUUCCAGUCGGUGAAAUUAGCAUUGAAAUGAGGAAUCGAAAUCAAAAGAUUUGAAUGAGCCCGGGGAAUAUUGAAAUGUUCGUCAUGGCUCCCAUCGAUGCUCAAGAAUCGAGGGCCAACCCUAAUCAUUAUUUAGCAUUAUUGAGUGGUUUGAUGAUUAAUGUGUAACGGAACACUCUGAUGAAACAUUUGACUGUUUUUGUUUGAAUAAAGAAAACCAUG